CUGACGGGUUUGUUUUGCUUGCUUUCGGGAGCUCGUCAUAAUAAAAACACAGAAGGAAGGAAGCACGUCGAAACACAUCGGGUAACGUUAACGGCGACUGCCAUUACAGCACAGCUCCACGCGUCGAUUGUAACGACCGUGUCGUCAACAGCGGCCCUUUUGUUUGCUAACACCGCCAUUUACCUCCGUUGUCAAUUGGGACGACGACUUUGACGCAGUAUGCCUUCAGAAAAAUCCUUCAAACAAAGACGAACAUUCGAUCAGAGAGUAGAAGAUGUCCGACUGAUCCGGGAGCAACAUCCUAACAAGAUACCCGUGAUCAUCGAGAGGUACAAAGGAGAAAAGCAGCUUCCCAUCCUGGACAAGACAAAGUUCUUAGUGCCCGACCAUGUCAACAUGAGUGAACUCAUCAAGAUUAUCAGGAGGCGCCUGCAGCUCAAUUCCAACCAGGCUUUCUUCCUGUUGGUCAAUGGCCACAGCAUGGUGUCCGUGUCGGCCGCCAUCUCGGAGGUGUACGAGCGAGAGCGCGACCAAGAUGGCUUCCUCUACAUGGUGUAUGCCUCCCAGGAGACCUUCGGGGCCGCCCCAACUCCCCAGUGAUCAACCUUCCUCUCUUAAUCCUUUUGGCCAGCGAUCGGACAAUUAGUUUGUUUUUUUUCUCCCCCUCCACCUUUCCUUGUUGUUUCCAGUAUCUACGCUGUCUUCUCACCACAUUAGUCUUGACUGUACCAACUAAAACACAAUCCACUGAACGUAAUCGCCAAGUAGAGGCUUUUUUUUGUUUCGUGGGUUCUGACUGCAAAGAGAGGAGAACCAGUUUGUGUGCCGCACAGGUGCACCACAGUUAGAACCCUCUUUAUUCUUGAUCUUAUCCUGCCGGCUGUCAUGGCAACGUCGCUGUUAUUUCCGUCUUGUGGCUAGACGAAUAUUAGACCUCCUAUCUGUUCAUUUCAGCUCGCGAUUUUACACAAAAGCAGUGCGGCUCCACCGCUUUUAUUUAUAUUUACAAUAGUAACAGAACAAAGCUAACGUUGAUUUGAAGCUUAAUGGAGACGAGUGCAAGUUAGGAAGCAAAUCAACAACAAUCAUUGAGGCAUUGCUUAUGUAGACGCUGUGAAAGAAGUGGAUGUAGCCUCCUGGCCCGAUGCGGCAUCAAACGAUGACUCAGCGGGUGGCAAAUGAAACAUUUAAGCUGUGUGUUCAUUUUGUAAAUAAUGUCAGAUCAAAUCUACCAUAAAGCUAAGGGUUCUUUGGCAGGUGUCUACUUUAUCAUCAGCAACUUCGCUGUCAUAGUAAUGGCAUAAUGCGCAUCGAUAUUGUGCAUUAGCUCCACCCUUGAGUCUGAAUAUUGUGACUUCUGGCUCCACAAGAGGCUAUGUCCCCUUUUUAUACUGUAUCUUUAUUAUAGAUGAGUGGUAAGUGUGAUCGCACUCCCCUGUAUGCGGUUUCAAAUAUUUUAACAUUUAUAGAAGAUGCAAGAACGACAUUGAACGCAUAAUGUAAGAAUAAGUGCAGUUCUAUUAAAGUUAGCAACUUGAGUCUCGAACACUACAAUGAGUGGUCGAGAAACUUGCUUCAUUUCUUGUAUUCAGUCACAAGCAAUUAGAAGUUGUAGUAGGGGAAACGAGUGACUACAAGUCCCUUAUGUGUCUAGUGUGGUGGAUUUCCGAGUGCUACCGUUGCGAUUCAACACAUCGUUGUCAGUGAGAGGCUUCAGCCUGGUCGCCCUGUCUGCACAUGGACCUUAGUGCUUUUUAUGUUUGUCAGCUGCUUUUAUAUCACAGUAUUUUAUCAUUUUGGUUUGUUUAAUUCAACUUUUUUUUUCAUUGUACAAGUCUUUAGUUUCUGUUUGUGCUAUUGGACAAGUCCAAGCCACCGUGUGUUCCAGAGAGGGGGAGCAUUGGUUUGUGUGUCUUCCAGCCCCUCGGGUUCUCACGUGCGUUCACAUCAAGCAAUAGCCAAAUGUGUGUUUGUGUUGCUAUUUUGUUAACAAUAAAAAGUUGAAAAAAAGA